GUGGAAAAUGCCAGUUGCAGUUGCAGUUGCAGUUGCGGUCAGCAGCCAUGUCCGCCAUGUCGCCCAAUAUCGGUGGCAAUUGGUUGUUGGUAUUGGCUGUUGGUGGUAGUAUUAUUGGUAUUGGUAUUCGUGGUGGUUGUGGCCGCGGUCAUCAUUAUCAGGAGCGGCCAAGUCGUGUCAAUCGCCCAUGUCGCCAUAUCUCUGUCUCUCCUCGCCAUGCUCGUCACACUCACAGGCCGCCUUUUACUCUCCGUCUGCCGCCUUCCACCUCUCGUUACUAUGUCCGAUAAUAUAACGCAGAAGCUGUCUGCUAGUACUCCGCAUUGUCGACAUGUAAAAGCAUUAUCAACCCGGGGGGGCCGUGCUCAAGACGACAACUCCCUCCGUUAGACUGAAAGCAAGAGCAGCUACGGAUACCUACACCUAUUAC